UGUUUUAGAACUUCGCUAUUUCCUUCUGUUUUUGUUCCAUAUAGAAACCAUGCCAAAGUAAAUGAAUGAACUUUUUUAAUGUGUCACGGUUCUUUAAUUGAUAUAAUAUUUAUUAUACGAAAGUAAUAAACGUCAUCUAUUUUGAUACUAUAAUUGCUUUUGCCAGUUUAUCCUGAUGCUAUAUAAAUAUAAAAAAAUUGUAAUCCUCUUGGGAGUAGUAAUAUAGAUAGCGGUCUAUUAACAUCGUCUAAUAUUACCCACGAGUUUUUACCCUACACUAUCAACAUGGAACAAUCACAUACCCUAUGCAGAUCAUCAUUAUGGACGUUCCUUCAUGAUUUACUCGAAAAGGACGAUACAAAACAUAUUGUGACCUGGACGAAUAGAGAAUCUUAUGAAUUUCGAGUCAUCAAUACUGAAGAAUUGGCAAAGACAUGGGGAAGAUUAAAGGGCAGAAGUAAUAUGACGUAUGCUAAAUUUUCGCGUGCACUUAGAUAUUAUUACCGAAAAGGAGUCGUCGAAAAGGUCUCAAAGAAACGUUUUACUUAUCGAUUUAUACUAUCCAACCGAACGCAGCCGAUUUUGCAACCUAACAAAGUAUCCUCACGUAGACCUUCAGCAAUAAUGAUUGAAGAUGAAAUUAGCUCAGUCAGCAAUGCAAUAACUUCUUACAGCACGAACCUUUUACCUAUAAGUAUUCCAUCAAUUUGCAAUACUUCCAGUCAGUUUAAUGACAAUUUUCAUUGGACAUAUUCAAACAAUCAAAGUAAUCACUUCGGUAGUGCAACCUCGCAUUAUCAACUUCCAGUUGUUUCUACAACAAAUUUGCAAAAAUCCUCUCAGAGACAAAAAAGCCCAAAAGAAGAGGCAAUCGCCAAAUUAGCAGAUUACCUGAAAGAAAGUACUGAUUGUGAACUACCAAUAUUUUCUUUUGCAUCAAACACGGUUGAUACUGUUGGUAAAGAAGAGAGACAACAGUUUUCGAACGGCAUUACACCCAGCAACAAUAUCUUCAGUGAAACUUUAAAUGUCACUUCAUACUUCUUUUCAGAGUUAAGCAAUAAUCAACCCGCACCAUUUGCAUCACGUAAUGCCCUACCACAAUCUGGUGCAACUUCAUCCACUUCACCAAAACUUCAGCACAGUGAUUCUUUUGAUACCUGCAGCGUGUCCAGCGAAAGCAGUUACCUUUCAAAUUUAAGCCAAGACACUUCGCCAUACUGUCACAUUGAGUUAGAAGAUAGUCAGGACGCAUUCAUGCCGGACAGUUGUGGUGAACAAGACCACACGAUGUUUGCAAUAUGCACAGAUUUACAGGAUUUAUAUGAAUGCUGAGCAAUACUAUUCUGGUUGGUUCUAAAUUAAGACCCCAAGAAGGAAAACAUGGCUUUUCCAACAAUUUGCAAACCUUGCGAAGUAACUGCGUUUAUUUUCAAGGACGUACAAUGUUAUUUUUAUUAUUUAUCUGCUUGUACAUUUUAAAAAAUAUUUUUGUAAGUAGCUAGUAUUUAUGGGAAGAAUAAUGGAGAAAACACGUA